AUGCUUGGCGGCGUUUCGCGUGGUCUCCUACUACGGGCCCCGUCGUCCUACGCCCAGGCCUGUGCGAUGGCCUCGGCAAGUGUCACCUUCACGCCUGCUUUGGUGCUGCAAAAUCCCAGCUAUCAGCGAGGCCGCCAAAGACGACCGCUUUAUACCACAGGUCCUACGCUGGCCUCCAAGGACUAUUACAAGUUGCUAGGGAUCAGCAAAGAGUCGUCAGCGAAGGACAUCAAAAAGGCGUACUUCCAGAUGGCUAAAAAGUACCAUCCUGACGUGAAUAAGACGAAGGAGGCUCAGGAGCGUUUCCAGGAGGUUUCAGAAGCAUAUGAGGUGCUCUCUGAUGAGGGUAAACGAAAAGAAUACGAUACCUACGGGACUGCCGAUGGCCAGCAGAGGCAGCGAAACAAUAUGGGACGCGGCGGUGGUGCUGGUCAUGGGGGCUUCAAUUUUGGUGGCAAAUCGACAGAAGAAUUCUUCCGGCAAACUUUUGGCUUUGGAUCGGGUGGCAUCAACUGGGACAGUUAUGCCGAUUCGUCCUUUGGCUACGCGCCUGCUCAGGAAGUGGAGGUGCGUCUAUCGUUCGAAGAUGCCGUUCGCGGCACUACUCGCUCUUUUGACAUGAACGUCGUGGAGAAUUGCGGUACUUGCCAGGGCACACAGGUCCAACCCGGUUAUAAGAAGGUCUCUUGUCCUUAUUGCAACGGGACUGGGAUGGUCUCGCAGCGCAUCGCUGGCGGCUUUUAUUUCCAGCAAUCUUGUACCAGAUGCCAAGGCUCGGGCAGCUACAAUAAGAACCCGUGCACGGAAUGUACGGGCAAAGGGAAGACCGUCCAACAGCGAAAGGUCGACGUCAAGAUCCCGCCGGGUGUCAACGACAAAGAACGGAUGCAGUUGUCGGUCGGGCAGGAGACCGUCAUUUUGUACAUGUCGGUGGCGCCGUCAUCCGUGUUCCGGCGUGACCGCAACGACGUACACUGCGACGUCGAGAUCUCAAUUGGACAGGCGGUGCUCGGUGGCACGGUGAAGGUGCCGGGAGUCUAUGAAGAUGGCUACAUCAAGAUUCCGGCUGGCACCAACUCGCACACCAAAAUGAUGCGUACGGGUAAAGGCAUCAAACGGCUGAACCAGCACGGCUACGGCGAUCAGUACAUCAACAUCAAGAUUGCUGUGCCAAAGUUCCCGAGCAAAGAGCAGAAGAAAAUCAUCACAACUUUUGCCAAGACCGAGACACUACAAGCCGGCACUGUUAAUUUAUUUGAGGAGCCUCCGAAGAAAAUUGAGAAACAACAAGAGCCCGUUUCUGCCAAAGCUGAGAAGCCGUCUGAGACGCCAAAAGCGAGCGCGGAAACCACAAAAGGCCCUUCCGAAGCCAAAGAAACCGAGACCGGCAAGCCUGUGCAACCGGAAGACGCCAAGACUGAAGAUUCCUCCCAGGCUGAUGGUGGUAAGGACGUCGAACAAAAAGCAGCCAAAUCC